AUGGUUUCGACUUCUGAUACCCCCGCCAUGCCGACCGUCGUCGCCAAGGGCCCCUCCGGGGUCCCCCCCACUACCGAAGAGAUUUCAUCGCUCCUCAACACCAUUUUCAACGCAGAGACCUCCCAGCAGUCGCUCGAUGCCGCGUAUGCGGUUGCCAACCUCCUCAUCCAGAGUGUCGGCACCUCUGGCCUUCUCAACUACAAUGUCCUGACUGAGGCGAAGAAGGCUGCCACUGAUAAGAAGAAUGGAGCUCGCCGCGAGAGCGCCAUGCUGAUCUUGGGCGCUCUCUUUGAGCGGUUCCCCCGCGAAUUCCCUCUGAGCGAGGUCGUCUUCCUCCUGCACAACGGCGGUGUUCUCGACGUUGUGCUCGACUCCCUCGCCGACAAGGGUGCCGUCGUCCGUGAUGCAGCCCAAUACGCCAUCGACGCUCUAUAUGGAUGCAUGAGCCCCGAAGCCAAGGCGAAUGCGCUGCUCCCUGCUCUAGAGUCAUAUCUCAGCAAGGGCUCCGGCAAAUGGCAAGGAUUUGUCGGUGGCUACAAGCUGCUCGAGAAGAUGGCCGCCGGUGCCCAGAUGGGUAAUGGCAGCAAGGAAGAGGAGAACGAGAAGGAGGUCUUGCGCGAGGCCAUGGGUAAGACUCUCAAGGAGUUGAUUCCUAUCGUGGAGUCUGGUAUGCACGACCUCAAGGCCGAAGUUGCCAAGCAGGCCACCAAGACCAUGACCACCAUGACCACUCUUCUCUACAACGAUGAUGUCGCGCCGCGCAUCCCUCUCCUGAUUAAGACCAUGGAGCAGCCGUCUCCCCAAACUCUGCAGAAGGCCAUCCACGCGCUCUCCCAGACCACAUUCGUCGCGAUCGUGACGUCUCCCGUCCUAGCGCUUCUCACCCCGCUCCUUGAGCGUACUUUGAAUGCCCCGACCACCCCUCAAGAAACCCUCCGUCAAGCCGUCGUGGUCAUCGAAAACUUGACCAAGUUGGUCCAUGACCCCCAGGAGGCUCGUGUCUUCCUGCCCAAGCUUCAGCCCGGUGUCAAGGCGAUCAAAGACCGCGCUUCUCUACCUGAGGUGCGUGAGUUGGCGACGCGCGCCCUCGAUGUGAUGGAGAAGGCGAUGAAAGACAACGAUGUUGCAGUCGGUGCUGUCUCCAAGACCACCCCUGAGGAGGUCUUGGCCGUCUUGGACCCGAAGAUUCAAGAGCAUGCCGGCUUCGUCAGCUUUGGCGAUGUGGCGUUUUCUAAUCUGGCCAAGAACUUCAUCGCUGGUAUGGUUCGCGAAGAUGUCAACUGCCGCAAGAUCGACCGCAUCUCCACCUCCAUUGGCCCUUACCUCCGUGGUUUGAUCACCAGUGAGCAGGCUUCUACGAUUGCCGCCGCGGUGCAAGAACAUUUCCUCGCCGAAGACGAGCGCAAGUUCGGCAAGCCUGCGCAGACCGACCCCAACGAGAUCGUCAUUGUGGAUGCCAACUUCUCUCUUGCCUACGGUGGCAUGCUCCUUCUUUCUCACACCAAUCUGCGUCUCGUGAAGGGUCAUCGUUACGGCCUGUGCGGACGGAACGGUGCUGGCAAGUCGACGCUCAUGCGCAGUAUUGCCAAUGACAAGUUGGAGGGUUUCCCUCCCCCCUCCGAAGUGCGCACUUGCUUUGUCGAGCACAACCAGGGCGAGGAUGCUGAGCUCAGCAUCUUUGAGUAUGUCGCGAAGAACCCUGAGAUUGCUUCGCAGGGUGAAGAACACAUCCGCUCCGUGCUGCUCGAGUUCGGUUUCACGGACGGCCCCGAGGGCCGCCAAUCCCAGGCCGUGGGAUCCUUGUCCGGCGGAUGGAAGAUGAAGCUUGCGCUGGCCCGCGCCAUGCUUCUGAAGGCUGAUGUGCUGCUUCUGGACGAACCUACUAACCAUCUGGACGUGGCCAAUGUGAAGUGGUUGCAAGAGUACCUGAAGAAACACACCGACAUCACCAGUCUGAUUGUCAGUCACGACUCUGGCUUCCUCGAUGAGGUUUGCACCGAUAUCUACCAUUACGAGCAGAAGAAGCUGGUCUGCUACCCGGGUAACCUGGCUGCGUUCGUUAAGGUGAAGCCAGAGGGAAAGAGCUACUACACCCUGUCCGCCUCCAACGUGCAGUUCAAGUUCCCACCCCCUGGUAUCCUGUCUGGAAUUAAAUCCAACACUCGUGCGAUCUUGCGCAUGUCCAACUGCACAUUCACCUAUCCCGGUGCUUCUAAGCCAUCUUUGAGCGAUGCUUCCCUCUCCCUCACACUCUCUUCUCGCACUGCAAUCAUCGGUGGAAACGGUGCUGGAAAGUCCACCUUCAUCAAGAUCCUCACUGGUGAGGUCGUUCCCCAGUCUGGAAAGGUUGAGAAGCACCCGAACUUGCGUAUUGGCUACAUCAAGCAGCAUGCGUUGGAGCACGUUGAAAUGCACUUGGAAAAGACCCCUAGUCAAUACCUCCAGUGGCGUUAUGCCAAUGGUGACGACCGUGAGGUAUUCCUGAAGCAGACUCGCAUUCUGACCGCCGAGGACAAGGCUCAGCUUGAGAAGCCAGUUGAUCUGGGUGACGGUCGUGGAGCUCGCCGUAUCGAAGCCCUCAUGGGUCGCCAAAAGUGGAAGAAGUCCUUCCAGUACGAGGUGAAGUGGGUCGGCCUCCUUCCCAAACACAACACCAUGAUUUCUCGUGAGACACUCGAGAACCUCGGCUUCAGCAAGAUGGUUCAAGAGUUCGACGAUCACGAGGCUUCUCGUGAAGGUCUUGGAUUCCGUGUCCUUGAGCCCAAGACGAUCUCGAAGCACUUUGAGGAUGUUGGUUUGGACCCGGAGAUUGCCAAUCACAACGAGAUCUCUGGCCUGUCUGGUGGUCAAAAGGUCAAGGUCGUCUUGGCCGGUGCCAUGUGGAACAACCCUCACUUGCUGGUGCUGGACGAGCCGACUAACUUCUUGGACCGAGACUCUCUCGGAGGUUUGGCUGUUGCCAUCCGUGACUUCAAGGGUGGUGUCGUCAUGAUCUCUCACAACGAAGAAUUCGUGGGUGCCCUCUGCCCCGAGCAGCUGCACGUUGCGGAUGGCCGGGUCGUGAGCCGCACCAACGCUGCAAUUGCUCUGGAUCGCUUCGAGGAUAGCGCUGCCAACUCUCCCACUGGCAGCGGUACCCCAGCCGGUGUCUCUGCCGCCGCCUCCGCCAACACCAGUGCGGCUCCCUCAGCCGUCAACUCUGGUGCCGAGGACCAGGGUGAACUCAAGUUCCGUGCCAAGAAGAAGAAGAAGUUGACUCGCGCUCAGUUGAAGGAACGUGAGGCUCGCCGACGUCUCCGUCACAUCGAAUGGCUCAACUCUCCCAAGGGAACUCCCAAGCCCGUGGACACCGACGACGAAGCAUAA